AGUCGCGACAGCAUUGGCGGGGAUCAGCAGGGACGGGCGACCAGCUGCCCGCCGCGUUGCCCCGCGCCGGUUCGCGGGCUUUCGAUUGUUCGGCGCUGUUAGUGCCCGGGCGCGUGGGGCGGGGGCCCCUUCUCUAUUUUUUACGAGACUGGACGAGGCCGCGCCGGCGCUGUGGGAUGUGAAUACUUUGGACAAAUGGGGAUCGUGCCUGUUGAAUUUUCGAAGAUAGAAAGAAGAGUAGCAAUCUUCUUCGCCCUUUGCAGCGACGGCCUGGGGCGCCGCACUCUGCCCCCUUAUCUAUGUGCCAAGGGGUGGCGCUGCGGCCGUGCUGCGAUUUCGCCGGGCUUUGGGUGCUUUAUGCUCCGACCGCCAACGCCGACCCCCGGCACCGCAGGGCAGCGCGCUGGCUUGCUUGCU